AUGGCUUCGAAGCCAUUUGCAACUCGUAUGCGUGAGUUGUGUUCAGGCUCGUCUCGAAGGAUAAUCUCAGCUAAGCCAGAGAAUAGAUUGCACGACUUUCUACUGGCAUUCACCGGGUCUGUUGAGGUGCAGUUGAGGAAUCAAUUUGGAACAUCUAUUCCUGAACAAAAAGUCAUCGCCUCCCUUCGCAGUGCUUGGAUAUUUCUCCGGCAUCGAGUUCCGGCGGUAGCGCUCCGCACGACGUACCAGCCUGAAGAUGCAUCUUGGACGGUGUUAUACGAUGUACCUAAUGGUUCGGACGACAUUGACACAUGGGUCGCUCAGACGUUGGUUUGGAGAGAGACGAAGGUUGAUUGUCUCGAGUAUGACCUUGACGAAAAAUGGGAGUUCACACAUGGCGAAUAUCCUCUAAGGCUAAUAGUAUCUCCGAUGGAAGUUGCAACAGGCAGAUACAUGAUAAGUCUUGCAGGUCCUCAUGGAAUGAUUGAUGGUAGAAUGUCGAUGAUUUUACUAAACGACCUGGUUGGCUCCUUGAAUGAUCAGAUCUACGAGACGGCACCUGUGGACUCAACUAUCAGAUGGGGUGAAGAAACAGCUCGACUAGCGUCCACGGGAGCCAUAUUAACAGGAUUAGAUAUGGAUACCAUCCCCGAACCCGCUGUAACUAAAGGGGAGGAAUUCGUUCCAUUCUUACCACCAUUCGUGGAGAAUAUAAUCGGGACACACGACGUCACGAUGCGACUAGUGGAAUUUGAUAGCGCUCGGACGUCUGCUUUGAGGGAGAAAUGCCGCGGAAACCACAUUACUGUUACGGUGGCCGUGGAUGCUAUCUUUGCACUAGCCCACGCAGAGGCGGUACUAUUAAACGCGGCCGCUAUUGGUGAAGCUCACUAUGCUUCUACAAUCGAUGCCUACACCAAAGCGAUUCACUGGUUUAUGCCGCUGAGUUGCAAAGAUCAGCGUCCUUCAUGGCCUACAUCAUCUUCCAUCCGUCAUCCUGAAGGAACAACUCUUUUCGGAACUGAUGGUUACCCCUUGCAAACAAGAAUGGAAACUAUCCGCAAGGCUGUCGGGUUUUCGGUCGAUACCAAUUCUUUCAAUCCUUGCAAGAAGGAAUUCUUUUGGAGUGUCGUUGCAGCAGAAAUUGCGGCUGCUCAUGCAGCACCCCGCAAAGAUCUUGCAGCGUACGUUCAGAGAGAACGCGAAAAACAAGCUAUGUGCAAGAGCUUUCAUCCUUCGUCAAUGAUGGUCAGAUCGCCAAUCUCUUCUUCCAUCGGACACCUAGAGGGCCUGGGGCUCUUCACAAAACACACACCGGGCUCAUCGAGUCUGACCCAAGUGCAUCGAGUACUUUUCCGAGCGCGUCCAUUGACGCCGACAAUGACCAAUAUUUUCUGGCAAUACGAUGGCAAACUGAAUUGUUCUUUGUUAGGUGCUGCAAAGUGGAAUAGUCCUGCUGAAAUGGACGGCAUGGAAAAAGCCUUGCGGAAAUGGUUUGACCAUGUGAUAGAAUGA